GGUGCGCGCCUAGCAGAGCAGUCCGCGCACGAUGGUGGCCGCCAGCAAGCCGGUGCUGGAGCUGCUGGCCAGCCGCGACUGCCGCCACAUCGUCCACCCGUGGACGCCCAGCUGCUGGAGGGCGUCGCUGCGCGUCUUCACCAUCUUCCUGUUCGGCUCAUCGCGCCUCAUGCUGCCCGCCUACGCCGCGCAGGUCGCGGUCGGCGGCUGGCGGCCGAGCCUGGCGUCGGCGCUGCGCGCUUUACUGCGCUCCCUCUGCUUCGGCACCUCAGUCACAACGGGCAUAUUCGUCUUCCACUGCCUCUUCAGAUAUUUACUUGGCGGCUAUCACGGGUCAACCGCAUUAUUUUGGCCAGCUUUUCUCGCUGGCUUGUCGGUAUACAUUGAAGAUGACAGACGAAAACCAAUUACAGCAUUUUACUACUACACGUGGCUGCUGGAGUGGCUGUUCCGGCGGCUGUCCGCGCCCUGGCCGGCCGUGCGCUCCCGCGCCAGCCUCACGCUGCUCUUCACGGCUGCCAGCGGCGCCCUCAUGUGGACGCUGCGGCGCGGCGACCACCCCAAGGACACGCCCAUCUUCUGGUUCUUCAGGCCGUCUCGGCGCUCAGGCGACAUCGAGAGCAAUAAGGGCUGUUCGCACCAGGGAACCUGCUGGAACCACGGCCGCACGCUGGCGGCGAAGUACCUGGCGGCGGGCGUGGCGCUGCAGGCGGCUCGCCACCUGCUGGCGCAGUGGAGGCGGCCCGCAGGCCCCGGGCGCGGGCUGGCGGCCCUGCUGGUGGGCGCCCUGUGCGCCGACAACUCGCUGGGGCUCUUCCUCGCCGCCUACGUCGCUCUCUACCAGGCGGUGCGCUGUGGGCUGUGCCGGCUGCGGGGCGAGGACCGGUCUGCGCAUGCGCUCCUGGCCGGCCUGGCGAGCGGCGCCGCCUUCUGGCUCCACCCGGACCUCACCAUCGCCUUCGCCGCCGUAACGACGCUCGUACAGCUGCGGGUGGCGCACCUGUGCGACCGGCGCCUCCUCGAGCCCGUGUGGGCGCUGUGCCUGUCUGCGCUGCUGCACGUGGCCGUCCUGGACCGGCGCCACUGCCCCCCGGGCUUCAUGGCCCUCACCGAGAUUCUCGCUCCAGGCGUAGUACUCGGAAUCCACAAACGGUUGUUCUACCUCGAAUAGUACGAGUAGAUCGGCUGCCGGACCAAUGAGCAGCGCAAGAAAUGGGACUUCUGCUUGCGGUGUACCAAGAUGCAGGAAAUAGUCUUGGAACUCACGUGCUGGAGCUUCUGCUGUUAUCCUACGGAUUGGUGCGGAGAUCAUUGCCAAGGAAUCUACUGUAUAAAAUACUUCAUAAAUGUGACCGAAACGUGACCUGUUAGCUAUUCAAUAGCGCACUCCCCGUUAUCAAUCUUACAUACUAUAAAAGCUUUAUGUGGGUUUUUAAACCCCUGCCUAUAAAAAAAAGUUAGACCAAAAAUUACGUCCUAAGAAGUAGAAGCUGACAGUUUCAUCCAUAACUUCAAACAUGUUUCUCCUCUUCUUUAUACACAAGUCUAAUUUGACUAAUAGUAAAUGCCAUGAGAGCAAUGAAUUCAGUGUUUGACGCGUAGUCGUACACUUACAAAACAAUUUACAGUGAUUUUAAAGUAUUCCAAUAUUUUGUUUUACAGCAAAGCACAUUACCUUGGUCAUAGCUUUGUAGUUUUAUGUUCUACUUGGACGUUUCCCAUAUGCCUUAAAUAUCAUGCACUUCUAAGCCCUUUAUUAUUGUUGCUGGACGAAAAGUAAUGACAUUUAACAGAUGUGGUAUGUUGCUCUCCUUGUUUCUUGUUCUGUUACUUAAGACCUCAACGUAGACAGAACGUCAAACACGAAUCUCCUUUCCCUCCUACUGUCGAAGUUCAUGUACAAUUUAUCUGCGAUAGCACUUACUUUUAUCGGAUAA